AUGACAUUAGUAGUCAUCGAUACAGCGAAAAAGAAUGGAAUUAUUGGCAACGUAUUACGUGAAAAAUUUGAAAAAGGUCCCGAUUUUUGGUUGGAUGGCAACAAUCUUGGACUGGAGGGUAAAUUUAGAUGGUCUUCAACUGGCAAGCCUUUUGAGUUCUUCAAUUGGGCGGUUGGUCAACCGGACAAAUAUGAAAUCAACGAACAUUGUGUCCAUUAUCAAGAGGAUUUUAAAUGGAACGAUGCAGAGUGCACAAGGAAAAUGGGAUUCAUUUGCGAAGAAAAUAGUUUUUGGCGCUAUGCUCGACACGACAUGGAAGCGAAGAAAAUUGCCAUCGAUAAAUUAUUUGCGAAGCAUUAG